GAUAAGCGUGGGAAAUCUCGCGGGAAGUAGCUAUAGAGACAGAGCAGCUUCCUUGCAGUGUUUGCUAACAGAGAAGAGAGGACUGAGAGGUUAGUAAGUGGUCUCGCUCGUUGCUUCCCCCGACCCCGUGUCAGGAAUUCUAGAGCGCCCUUAACGGGGGAGGAGGAAGCUUGUGUUAAAUCUGUGAGGGUCUGGGAGCAACUGACAGCCCAAGUGCCAGCGACAGGCUUCUCCACGCCCAUUCACUCUCCCAGCUCGAGACUUGUACCCGUAGACCGAGCAGCUGCUUUGGACAGUUGUAGCCUAUCCAGUGAAGAAACCAUCUUUUAUACUUUUUAAUGUUUCAUCUGGACUGGCAAAACCAAGAAAUUUAGAAAGAAUGAGGCUGAAGACGUCACACUUAAAGGAACCAAAACAUAAAGAAUUGGUUAGCUGUGUGGGCUGGACUACAGCUGAUGAGCUAUAUUCAUGUAGUGAUGAUCACCACAUCCUGAAAUGGAACUUGUUAACUAGUGAGACAACGCAAGUAGUGAAGCUUCCUGAUGAUAUCUACCCCAUAGAUCUUCAUUGGUUUCCCAAAAAUAUAGGUGGAAAGAAGCAAUCCCAAGCUGAGAGUUUUGUACUCACAAGCUCUGAUGGCAAGUUCCAUUUGAUUUCAAAAAUAGGAAGAGUGGAAAAAAGUGUAGAGGCUCACUGUGGAGCUGUACUUGCAGGAAGAUGGAAUUAUGAAGGAACAGCGUUGGUUACAGUUGGUGAAGAUGGACAAAUAAAAAUCUGGUCUAAAAGUGGAAUGCUAAGAUCCACUUUAGCACAGCAAGGAACACCAGUUUACUCAGUAGCAUGGGGCCCCGAUUCAGAAAAGGUUCUCUAUACAUCAGGGAAGCAGCUGAUUAUUAAACCUCUUCAACCAAAUGCUAAAGUUUUACAGUGGAAAGCCCAUGAUGGAGUUAUUUUAAAACUUGAUUGGAACUCAGUCAAUGACCUUAUCCUGUCUGCUGGUGAAGACUGUAAAUAUAAGGUGUGGGAUAGUUAUGGUCGUCUACUGUACAGCUCUCAGCCUCAUGAUUAUCCUAUAACAUCUGUUGCCUGGGCUCCGGAUGGAGAAUUAUUUGCUGUGGGAUCUUUUCAUACUUUGCGCCUAUGUGAUAAAACUGGGUGGUCAUAUGCUUUAGAGAAACCAAAUACUGGCAGUAUAUUUAAUAUUGCUUGGUCUAUUGAUGGAACUCAAAUAGCAGGAGCUUGUGGAAAUGGACAUGUGAUUUUUGCCCAUGUCGUGGAGCAACGCUGGGAGUGGAAGAACUUUGAAAUAACAUUAACUAAAAGAAGAACUAUGGAGGUCCGUAAUGUUAUUAAUGAUGCAGUGGAUUUACUUGAGUUCCGUGACAGAGUCAUUAAGGCCUCUUUGAACUAUGGGCAUUUAGUUGUUUCAACUUCUCUUCAGUGUUAUGUGUUUUCUACAAAGAACUGGAACACACCGCUUAUCUUUGACCUCAAAGAAGGAACCGUUAGUUUAAUUCUACAAGCAGAAAGGCAUUUUCUUCUUAUAGAUGGUGGAGGGAUCUAUUUAUAUUCCUAUGAAGGACGAUUAAUUUCAUCUCCAAAAUUUCCAGGAAUGAGGACAGAUGUAUUAAAUGCCCAAACUGUAUCUUUGAGUAAUGAUACUCUUGCAAUAAAAGACAAAGCUGAUGAAAAAGUUAUCUACCUGUUUGAAGCAUUAUCUGGGAAGCCAUUAGGUGAUGGGAAGCCUCUUACCCACAAGACAGAGAUCACCGAAAUUGCCCUUGAUCAGAAGGGACUUACAAAUGAAAGAAAAAUUGUUUUUAUUGAUAAAAACAGAGAUCUUUAUAUUACUUCUGUGAAGAGAUUUGGGAAAGAACAGAAAAUUAUCAAAAUUGGAACAAUGGCACACACUUUGGCUUGGAAUGACACAUCCAACAUACUUUGUGGACUCCAAGAUACACGUUUUACAGUCUGGUACUAUCCCAAUACAGUUUAUGUAGAUAAAGAUCUCCUGCCAAAAACACUGUAUGAAAAAGAUGCAAGCGAAUUUAGCAAAAAUCCCCAGAUAGUGCGAUUUGUGGGAAAUCAAGCAACGAUCAGAAGAGCUGAUGGCUCACUUAUUCAUCUCAAUGUAUCACCUUAUCCAGCUAUUCUUCAUGAGUAUGUUAGCAGUUCGAAAUGGGAAGAUGCAGUCAGACUGUGUCGCUUUGUUAAGACAACAACAGCAUAUGAGGAUCAAACCAUGUGGGCAUGCUUAGCUGCUAUGGCAGUUGCUAAUAAGGACAUGACAACAGCAGAAAUAGCCUACGCAUCAAUCGGUGAUAUUGACAAAGUUCAGUACAUCAAUUCUAUCAAAGAACUUCCAUCAAAAGAAUCAAGAAUGGCUCAUAUACUGCUGUUCAGUGGAAAUAUACAAGAUGCUGAAAUGCUGCUUCUUCAAGCAGGCCUUAUUUAUCAAGCUAUUCAAGUCAACAUUAACCUUUAUAAUUGGGAUAGGGCACUGGAACUAGCAGUGAAGCACAAGACACAUGUUGACACAGUUUUGGGUUAUCGACAAAAGUUCCUGGAGGACUUUGGUAAAAAAGAAACCAAUAAGCGAUUUUUGCAGUAUGCAGAAGGUUUGGAAGUUGAUUGGGACAAAAUCAAGGCCAAAAUAGAGAUGGAAAUUGCUAAAGAAAGAGAACGAGCUGCAGCCACUCCAGCAGUCAGAGCCAGUGUAACAGUACAGCGCUAAAUACAGUGCAUGUCAUAUUAAAUAGCUGUUUCACUACA